ACACAGUUGUGAGGAAGAAUUCCCUAUAAAGUGUGAUGACAUCAUAUUAAAAUGGAGACAGUAACUGUUGAACAAAUAAAGGGUCUUCAGCUUGAAGCUCAUGACGAGAAAAUGCACCAAGAAACUGACACACGUGAAAUUAUUGAAGACACAUCAGUUGUUGAACAAGUUGAGGAUUUGACUGUAAUACAGCCCCUGGUGACUCGGGAUCAGAAGACUGAUGAGAAUACAGAUACAGUUGGUCUUAAGAGCAAUAACAUAUCAGAAAUACAAACUAGACCAUGCUCUUCUGGUUUUUUAGUAGAACAUCGCUCCAGCCUGUCUCAGAGGGUUCAAAGAAGUGAAACUGAAAGAAACUCCUAUAAACUGUCAGAAUCUGAUGAGGAAAUAACUCCUGCAAUCAUUACUGAGUAUUAUGAAAAUGAUAAGAAAAUAAAUGUUCUAGGUGAUUCUUUUGCAAUGGGGUCUAGUUAUAGAACAUGUGUAAGUGGUAUUUCUGAGAAGAAAGAAACUCGAGACACUAUCCCAGCUUGUGAAGAUCAUCUUUCCUCUCCUGAAUAUGGAAACUUUAUAUCUCAAAGGUUUAACUUGGUUGAAAACUACAGAACUCGGACAGAUGAGAAGCCAUUUUCUUGCUCUAAAUGUGGUAAAAGAUUCUCACAAAGAGCAAGUCUAGCUAUACAUCAGAGAACACAUACAGGAGAGAAACCAUAUGUUUGCCCAGAAUGUAGGAAAUGUUUUUCUGAUAGGUCUAAUCUGGUUAGGCAUCAACGUACACACACACGAGAGAGGCCAUAUAUUUGCCACCAUUGUGGAAAAGCCUACUCCAGAAGAUCAAGUCUUUUUACACACCAGAGAAUUCAUACAGGAGAGAAGCAAUAUUUCUGUUAUGAAUGUGGGAUAUGUUUCUCUCAACAAUCAAGUCUGGAUACACAUCGGAGAACUCAUAAAAGAGAAAAGACUUGUUUACAUAUAACAUAGAAAAUGUUUUAUUACAAAUAUUGUACCUCAUCUGUAAAGAAUGUAUUGCUGUAUAUUCUAUUUCUAAUAAAUCUGAUAAAUAAUAUACUUAAAGAUUA